GCGGCAGGAAGCCCUGGCUGCAGCGCGAUCGCGUUCCCGAGCCGACCUCAGGUCUCCGCCGGGAGACUCCCGGGCCGGGCCAUGGACGCCACCGAGCCGGGGCUGCCCCCAGCUCCGGAGAGCAGGAAGAGGUACAGUGACAUCUUCCGGAGCCUGGACAACCUUGAGAUCUCACUGGGGAACGUGGCCCUGGACUCACUGGCUGCAGACCCUGCUCUUCCAGGAGACCCCGAGAAUGAGAAGACCCCCACGGCAGCUGUGACCAGUGACACUGGCCCCUGGAGUGGACCCUCUCCGGAGUGCCUGGCUCCCUUGACAGAGGAAGAACUGGACCUGCGACUCAUCCAGACCAAGGGUGGGGUGGAUGCAGCCCUGGACUAUGCCAAGACCUGGAGCCGUUACGCCAAGGAGCUGCUGGCCUGGACGGAGAAGCGGGCCAGCUACGAGCUGGAGUUUGCCAAAAGCAUCAUGAAGAUCGCCGAGGCCGGCAAGGUGUCCAUCCACCAGCAGAGUCUGAUGCCCAUGCAGUACGUGUACACCCUGUUUCUGGAGCAAGACCUCAGCCUGGCAGGCCUGGCCCUGGACACAGUGGCCCAGCAGCGGAGGGACUACUACCAGCCCCUGGCUGCCAAGCGGACUGAAAUUGAGAAGUGGCGCAAAGAGUUCAAGGAGCAGUGGCUCAAGGAGCAGAAGCGCACGAACGAGGCGCUGCAGGCCCUGCGGCGCGCCCAGCUGCAGUACACGCAGCGCUGUGAGGACCUGCGUGCCCGCUGCGCCCCCGAUGACCCCACACCGCUGGCCUCGCCUGCGUCCAGCCGGCAGCAGGAGCGGCGGCGGCGCUCGCGGGAGGAGGCCCAGGCCAAGGCGCAGGAGGCCGAGGUGCUUUACCAGGCGUGCGCGCGUGAGGCCGGCGCACGGCAGCGGGACCUGGAGGCCGCCAAGCGCAGGAUCGUGUCGCAUGUUCGCAAGCUGGUGCUGCAAGGCGACGAGGUGCUGCGGAGGGUGACACUGGCAUUGUUCCGGCUGCGGGGCACACAGGCCGAGCGGGGUCCCCGCGCCUUCGCUGCGCUGGCCGAGUGCUGCGCACCCUUUGAGCCCGGCCAGCGUUUCCAGCAGUUUGUGCAGGCCUUGCACGCUGCCAGCCCACCACCUCCCGCCCCCCUGCAGGACAGCUCUCCUCUGGAUGCCAGGAAGAAGCCCUCCAUGCCGCUCCCUCCACGGCUGGAGGAAGACACCAGUGCCUGGGAGGAUGCGGGCCUGACCUGGCAGGGCAUGCCGGGCAGUGACGCAGACAGUUUGGGUGGGGGCAGCGAGUCUCGGUCCCUGGACUCUCCCACCUCCAGCCCAGGCACUAGCACACGCAGGCUGGUGAAAGUUGCGUCCACAGGCACCGAAUCCUCUGACGACCUGGAGGAGCGGGAGCCAGACCUGGGAGACGGGCCUGAGAACGGAAGCCCCUUCCAGAAGUGGACACUGUCCAGCGCGGCCCAGACCCACCGACUGAGGCGGCUGCGGGGUCCAGCCAAGUGCAGGGAGUGUGACACCUUCAUGGUCAGCGGGACUGAGUGUGAGGAGUGCCUCCUGACCUGCCACAAGCGCUGUCUGGAGACCCUGCUGAUCACCUGUGGCCACCGCCGACUGCCCGCCCGGACGCCCCUGUUCGGGGUGGCCUUCCUGCAACUGCCCAGGGACUUCCCGGAACAGGUGCCCUUCCUGGUGACGCGGUGCACGGCCGACAUCGAGCAGCGUGCCCUGGGCCUCCAGGGCAUCUACAGGGUCAGUGGGUCCCGCGUGCGGGUGGAGCGGCUGUGUCAGGCCUUCGAGAACGGGCGGGCUCUGGUGGACCUGUCGGGACACUCGCCCCACGACAUCUCCAGCGUCCUCAAGCGCUUCCUCCAGGAGCUCUCGGAUCCUGUGGUCCCCUUCCACCUGUAUGACGCUUUCAUGGCACUGGCGAGGGGCCUACCCGCCGAGACUGGGCCCCCCAGCGCCCACCCUGAGUCCAGGCCUGCUGGCACUCACCCCGAGGCUGAGGCUGAGGCCGUGCGCUCCCUCAGGACCCUGCUGGCCCAGCUGCCCGGCUCCAACUACAACACCCUGCGGCACCUGGUGGCUCACCUCUUCAGUGCCCACCCCACCCCUGCUAUCAGCUGCGUCCAGCACCCACCCCUGCCCGCCCCCAGGGUGGCCGCACACAGCCAGGAAAACAGGAUGUCGGCCAACAACCUGGGCAUCGUGUUUGGGCCCACGCUGCUUCGGCCGCCGGAGGGCGUGGGGGGCGGGGGGCCCGCGGCCCGCCUGCUGGACUCGGGGCGCCAGGCGCAGCUGGUGGAGCUGCUCAUCCAGCACUAUGAGCAGAUCUUUGGGAUGGAUGAGCUGCCCCCUGCCGGUGAGCCCCCACCCCGUGCCCCCAGCCCGGCCCCCUCGGACUCAGCCCCUGCACGCCUCCCCUCGGACCUGGACACAGACACAGGCCCAGACUCUGACGGUGCCCUAGAGAGGUUUCCUGAGGACAGGCCUCAAGAGAUUCCAAGCCCACAGAGUGACCAGAGAGAGGAGGUGGCUGAGGACCCCAGAGAGGAUGGCGGGGAAGGGUCCAGCCACGUCCCUGAGGACUCACCACUGGGGACGCAGCCCCGGGGCCACUUCAGCCGUCAGCCAGUCAAGUACCCUCGAGGGGGAGUGCGGCCGGUCACACACCAGCUGUCCGGCCUGGCCCUGGUGGCCUCCAAGCUGUGCGAGGAGGCACCGUCUGCACCCGGGUGGCGGGGGAGCCUGCGGGGCUGGGGGGCUUCGGCAGCCUCCCCAGAGGCCAGCCCCCUGCGCCGCGCCCCUCUGCCCAAGCACUUCGAGAUCACGCAGGAGACUGCGCGGCUGCUCUCUAAGAUGCAGGGCGAUGCGGGGCCGGGGCCCGCCUGCCCCUCCGGCGCCCAGCCAGAGGAGGCUGAGGACUACCUCUGAGCACGGCACCCUGGGAAGAGGACCGCUGCUCACCGCUCACCCCCACCUCAGCCCCGGGGGCUGGAGAGGCCUCAGCUGGUGGGUCAGGCCUUCGGGGGGUCCUCCACCAGGACCCCACAGGACACACAUCAUUGCCAAGCAUCG